AUCACGAGUUUGCAAUAGUGCACUCGGGUAUCGAAAGUAUGGCGUAUCAUAGUGAUGACUUACCUAAUACCAGCUGCUCCGCCGAAGUGGCCGAUCUUGUGGAAAGUUCCUGUUUCGACGCGGAUUCUACAACCAUCAAAGUAACCAGAGUGCUUCCAUAUUUUUUCAUUAUUCUUAUCUCUGUGGUGGGUAACAUCCUGGUAACGGCCGUUGUCUUCAACAAUCGCCCCAUGCGCAAAGCUGUGAACUUCUUCAUUGUAAAUAUGGCUUUGAGCGAUUUGUUAAUCACACUGGUUUAUAUGCCACGAGUUGUCUCUAUCCUUCUUGCAGGCUACGAAUGGCUGUCCACAGGAGUGGCCGGCCUAGUGUUUUGCAAACUGGUUUAUUUCAUUCAUGAAACUUCGGUCAGCGUCUCUAUUUUCUCAGCAGUGUGUAUCAGCGGUGAGCGAUUUCUGGCAGUCAUUCGCCCCUUGCAAUCGUUGACUAAAAACACCAAAGCCGCCCGUCAUCUCAUUGCCUUGACAUGGUUCCUUUCAUCGAUGAUCAGGGUCCCGAUACUCGUUGCCAACACUACAGCUGUGAGCUGUGGAAAAACGUACUGUAAGCUGUCCUUAGAUACGAUGCUCUGGUCGGGUGUGUCCGUGGUGUACCACAAAUUCAACUUGAUUGGCAUGUAUGCCACGCCCUUAGGAGUGAUGAUCGCUUUAUACUCAGGCACGAUCUUUACACUGAAGAGGAGAGGAAGGCCUGGGAAUAGAGUGACGGCCGAAGCUGUACAGCCCACUGAGGUGAACAAGAAAGUGUCCCGCAUGGUGCUCGUGGUGAUCACCGCUUUUAUCCUCUGCUGGAUCCUCUACUUUAUCGUGGCUGUUAUGGAAUCUUAUAACGUUGCCAUUUCGUGCAACGUUCUGUAUCUCAGACUCCUUUUCGCUCAUUUUAACUGCGCAUUGACGCCCGUACUGUAUGCACUGUUCAGCGAAAAUUAUAGACGCGAAUUCAAGAACAUUUUGUUUGCAUGCUCGUGGUUUCGGCAGGUGAGGUCGCGUGCGUCGACGUUUAGUACGCCUUCCUCUCGAAGGGCCUGGACACUGGACUGCCAAACGGAGACCGCUCACGUGGGUCCUGCUGCGCCGGAGGAUGUUGCAAAGAAAUCAGAAGUUGAUUUCCAUGAAUAAAACGACCAUUCAGCGGAACAUUUCUAGUGUAAUCUGACACGGAAGAUGGACGGAAGUACGAAAUCAGACAGAGAAGAUUGGAAGCGCUCUGGAGAGGCAUUAUGUGACACCUAGUCACAAAAGUGAUCAAAACAGGAACUCUGUCACUUACAAAAUAAACGUUCAUCCGAGGCAAAGUGUUUUACAGAUCAGAUCUGUUAAAGUGGUAUAUUCAAGAACUAAAAAACUAAGAAUCCUGUGUUCUUACUUAACGAGUAUACUCCAAGCCUUUGUUUUCUAUGAACGAAUAGUCAAAUCUGAUGGGCAGCUGAGUUCACCAUCGCUGACAGAAAUUAGUGGCGAGUUGUAAAAAUGUUUUACUACUGGACAUUAUAAAGGGUAGUUGUCCAAAUCAAAAGCCUGCUGCAAUCUGAUUGGCAAUAUAUGCCAUUGAAGUUCACCACUGAAUUUUUACACUGUCGUCAUUGGUCAAAACUGAUCACGUGGUGCAAUCUUGUCCGGGCACUAUCAUGGGUAUAGUUCAACACGAAAUUUUCUCCAAUUCUUAUUGGUUUAAUUUGAUUACAUGACGCGAUAGUGUUCAUCGUCGAAGAAACACCAUUUAAACAAUAAAGUGUUCCUGUCGAGGAACCAUCGGCUGAUAGUUGUCCCCGGGAAUUUGAUGUUAUUAAAAUAAAUAAUUGUCGACAAGCGAAACUUAGAGGGCAAAUAUGCUUGUUUUUAGAAAAUCUGGCAUUUCACUAGUGUUUAUAUAAUAAUAUUCAAUACUAAAUUUUCUUCUGCGCGCCAGGUUAAAAACCGUAUUGAAUUACUUUCCAAUUUUUUAGAUGAAAGGCAUGAAAGUUAAAUGUAAAAUUCGAAAAAGAAAUUAGACAAAAACCCACUCAAUACUGAUUAAUCAAUCUUUCUUUUUUUCUACAAAACCGCUUGUUUACAGAACAAUUUUCACGGACAAGGUACUAUCCAUCCGGGUAUUUUCCUUGGAUGGGCAGAUACAGUUCACCGCUAAUAUUUUCCGAUUUUUAUUGGUUUAAAUUGAUCACGUGACGCGAUGGUGUUCAUCGGUGGAGAGACUAUCUGCCCAUGGGUUGAUAGCUGACCUUGGAAAUUUGUAUGUCUAAAAGAUUAAAUUGUUAAGAAAACUACAAAAAGAACAUUUAC